AUGCUUCACUUCCCAUGGGGUGUUGCAGUUUUCCUUCCGUUCCUUCUGGGACAAACUCCCAACCCUCACGAUCCUUGCUACAAUGCCAAUCAGCACCCACAAUUCUGCCUGCCUGACCUGUCCGAACUGGCCUCAGGCCGUCUGGUGGAAGCCUCCAGUACGUGCAGCGGUCCUCCUGGACGAUUCUGCGCCUUUCGGGAUUCGGCCAACCCAGGUUCCAAAUUCUGCCAAGGAUGCCAAGAACAUACCCACCGGUCAGAGCACCUCACAGACAGCGACGGGGAUACAACAUGUUGGUGGUCUAAGCCCAAAGCCAACGCCACGCUUACUUUGGCUUUGGGCCGACGAAUGGAAAUCCUUUACGUGACUCUGCGGUUCUGCUCUCCACGACCGGAAUCUUUGGCCAUUUACAAGUCCAUGGACUACGGACGCAGCUGGAUGCCUUUUCAGUUCUUUUCCAGCCGCUGCUGGCGGCGUUACCAUCUGCCGCCAACCACCACCAUUGUGAAAAGCAUGGAGCAUGAAGCAGUUUGUAUCGAGGCUCAAACAUCACUCAAGCCCCUCACAGGAGGCCUAGUGGCCUUCAUGCCUCUUGCAGGCCGCCCUUCGGCCCAGAGGUUCGAAUAUAGUCCCAUCCUCCAAGACUGGGUGACCGCUACUGACCUCCGUGUGUCCUUUGACCACAUGCACUCAGCCCGGAUUUUGGGGAUGCGCCGGAAAGAGGCCUCCUAUGGAGUAGCUGAGCUGCAGGUCGGAGGCAGAUGUAAAUGCAAUGGACAUGCCUCACAGUGCACAGCUGGGAAAGACGGAGGGGUACCUCAGUGUGAUUGUCGGCACAACACAGCCGGCCCUGAAUGUGACACCUGCAAAACUUUCUACUGGGAUAGGCCCUGGCAACGGGCAACCCCCAAAGAUGCUCAUGAAUGUGUGGCCUGCAACUGCCACCACCAUUCCCAUCGCUGCCGCUUCAGCAUGGAGCUUUUCGAACUUUCGGGGCGCCGGAGCGGAGGGAUCUGCUUGAACUGUCGCCACCACACAGCCGGGCGCCACUGCCAGUAUUGCUCACCAGGCUUUAAGCGCGACUUCAGCCACCCCAUCACCAGCCACAGAGUCUGCAAAGCUUGCCAGUGUCAUCCUAUUGGGGCUACUGGGGCCAUUUGCAACCAGACCACUGGGCAGUGCCAGUGCAAGAACGGAGUCACCGGUCUAACCUGCAAUCGAUGUGCCCGGGGUUUCCAGCAAAGCCGCAGCGCUCACAUACCCUGUAUUCGUAUCCAGGAGGAGGUGACAACUACAGUUAUCCCACCGCAGGAAUGGAAAGCAGGUGUUAACUGCGGUACUGAAUGUCAGAGCCAUUGCACACCACCACAAAGGCGUGUCCACAUGAACUUGAAGAACUAUUGCAAGAAGGAUUACGUUCUCCAGGCCCAGCUCUUAGCCACGGAGAGAUCUGGAACAUGGUGGCAAUUUACAGCCUCGAUCCUCGCUGUCUACCGCCAGCGUCAUGUGCCUAUCCGUCGGGGAGAGCAGCCACUCUGGGUACCAGAACAAGAUUUGGCCUGCCGGUGCCUCCACCUCCAAGUGGGCAAAUCUUACCUUAUCAUCGGCAACGAUGAGGAGUCGCCUGACCCUGCCCGGCUAAUCGUUGACAAAAACAGCCUCGCUCUGCCCUGGAGGGAUGCCUGGGCACAUAAAUUGAGGAGUUUCCAGCAACAAAGCAAGCGUGGAAAAUGCUGGGGCGUCUAA